AGAACCACAGAGGUCUGAUCAGGGUCUACAGAGAACCACAGAGGUCUGAUCAGGGUCUACAGAGAACCACAGAGGUCUACGGUGAGGGUCUGAUCAGGGUCUACAGAGAACCACAGAGGUCUACGGUGAGGGUCUGAUCAGGGUCUACAGAGAACCACAGAGGUCUGAUCAGGGUCUACAGAGAACCACAGAGGUCUACGGUGAGGGUCUGAUCAGGGUCUACAGAGAACCACAGAGGUCUACGAGCUGCUGGACCCACCCUGCUUCUAAAACAAGUCUGAUAAAAGUUUCUACAGGUUUUAUCUUGAAGUUUCAGCAGUAUAAAUGGUCCACAGGUUCAGGGUCUGAGGUGGUCUUCAGAAAUCCUUCUUAGCACCAACCAGAAGUCUAAAGAGAAAAAAUAACAGRAAAUUAUUCAAAUCUCCAUCUAUAAAAGGCUUGAUUCAGCUGGGAACAAACAAAUGUUAACGAGCAGAACAAGGAUUAUUUUAAUUUAAGCUGAAGACGAGGCUCAGUAACGCUGCACCUUUCACUUCCUGCUGCGAAGCAUCAAGUGGGAAGUUCAGUCAGUUUUCUGUCACAUGGAAUGAAGAGAGGAAACCAGACGUUUGACUUUCAGCUCCGACUGAACAAAAUGAAGCUGCUGGAGUCAGUUUUGAUCAUCCUGCUGUGCUGCUUUCAUCAAGCCGGAGGAAGAGCCGAGGUGAACCAGACUGAGGCCGGUCAGACGCAGGAGUCCAGCAGUGAUCUUUACGUUCAGAACCUGACAGGUAAAUGCAGCUGGACCCUCAGGAGGUCUGGAAACAGGAGCAGAGACCCGGUCCUCCUCUUACCGGACUCUGUGGACCUGCUGGCUGAAGGGGUCUGCCAGGACCUGGACUGUGGAGGAGUCUAUCAUGUGGACCGAAGCAGCCGGACCACCAACAGCAGCUGCUAUCAUGGCUGCUCCCACCAGGACCACCGUCUGCAGAACUGCUCCCAGUCUGUGGGCAGYACCUGCUCUGAGAUCCACCAGGUGGACUGUGGACACGGGGCGGUCCGGUUAGCUGGAGGUUUGGACCGCUGUGCCGGCCGGGUGGAGAUCUGGAAGGACGGGGAGUGGGGGACGGUCUGCGACGACCAGUGGGACCUGAGGGACGCCAACGUGGUCUGCGCCCAGCUCGGCUGUGGGUACGCCCUGAACGCCACGGGUCAGGCCGGCCCGUUUCCCCCCGGCAGAGGACCGGUCCACCUGGAUGAGCUGAACUGCACCGGGGACGAGGACGACCUGUGGACCUGCCCGUCUGCACAGGACCAGUCCGACUGUGGACACAAGGAGGACGCCGGGGUGGUCUGCUCAGAGAUGAGAGCUGUCCGACUGACCGGAGGUUUGGACCCAUGUUCUGGUAAAGUGGAGGUCCAUCGUAACGGCAGCUGGGGGACGGUGUGUUAUAACUGCUGGUCCAGAGAAAAGGCUGCCAUGGUGUGCUCCAUGCUGCAGUGUGGGCCCGAGCCCCUCAACUACUCAGCAUUCAACCCUCCUUUCACUGAAAACCAGGGGACACCGUCGUAUUAUUACCUUCACUGUGGAGCUCACGAGAGCCUCUGGCACUGCAAAGAAUUCAUCAACAAUCCAAAUUUAUGUCGUUCRUCCAAACCUUCAGGUGUCAUCUGUAACGGUUCUCUGGGCCUUCUUCCUCCGCCCACUGAGAGUCCAGCUGUGUUCAACUCCACAACCACAGCAUAUGCAGUGACCACAGCAGCUGCUCCUGUUAAAGAUCCACCAUCUCCAGAGCUCCUCAGCACCAUCGCUCUGUCCCUGCUGCUCCUCAUCCUCCUCAUCAUCAACACGGUUCUGUGCUGCCUGUACAGACGACGCCACGCUUUCUUGCUCCAGAAGGUCCGCUCCUUCCAGCGCGGUCCAGGUGAACAUGCUCAGAACAACUACAAGGACUCGGUGAACCUGGUGAAGGUCACAGCCAACCCUGAGCAGAGCGACAUCCUCAUCUCCAGCUCCAGGUUUCUGUGGACACAGCUUAGUAGCGCUGACAGCACGUCAGUAGACACAGACUAUGAGCAGAGCGACCCAAACACUGACCCGUCUGUCCGUUUAUCCACCUUCCACAAUUCUCAGCGGUACAGAACCAACGUUAACCCUUUGAUGAGGCCUCCGUGUCUGCAGAGGCUGAGUGAAGAAGGCCCUGAAGCUGGAAACGAAGCACCUGCAGGUUUUACUAACUUUAACGGAGGAGCCUCAGAUCCUAAAAACCACCGAGUGUCCAAGCUGUCCGAGGACUCCUUCGACUCCUCCAGCACCUCCUCUGAUGAAUGCUAUGAGAACCUGAUCCCCGACGGCGCCGAACCAGAACCAACCCAGGCGCCGGUGCCCCACCCCCAUAUGCACUAUGGGCCUAACACCCACUUCAUGUUCGGGUCAGAACCGAAGCWGCAGUCUUCAGAUGAUGAAGACUACGCCCCCGUCAGCCCCGACUGAGAACCUUCGUCUGAGGAGGAUGAUGUCAUCAGGAAACAGGAAACCAGGGGGGCGUGGUCAGGAAACAGAGGAGCAGAGGACUAAACAAAGACUGUAAAAACAAACUAAAAAACAAACAAAAUACGCUGAUAUUCAAACUGGACUGUAAAUAACAACUGUUCUCUCCUGGUCCACCAGAAGGGGGCGCUGCACGCUUCAAAAUUAACCCUCAUAACAGCACAAAUAAAAACUUUACAAAAAAC